UGCUGUUACCACGAAAGGAGGGCGGAUUCAUACUUUUUUUUCCUUUUUUCAAUGCAUUAAUUUACACUAAGGGCAAAUUUUUAGAAGAUCCUUGUAUUUUAAUUGGCCGGGCACUUGGAAUGGGUUGUCUAGAAUCGAAAGAAACCGAAAAGCCUGAGGAAGAAGAACCGAAAGUGUUUAGUUGGGAUCGUAAAGAUCGACCGGAUCCUAAAGAUUUUACAAUAGCAGAUGUCAAGGACGAGACUACGGGUCGUUUGCCCGGCAAAAUAAAUGGCCAACAGUUUAUCAUUCGAGAUUGUCAGGAUUCCAAUAUUUAUUUAUUUGAUCAUUCAGCAACCAUCACAGUAGAUGACUGUACUGGCUGCAGUUUUUUCCUGGGACCAAUCAAAGGAAGUGUAUAUUUCAGAGACUGUAAAGACUGUAAAGUUGUAGUAGCAUGUCAGCAAUUCAGAACUCGUGACUGUAAGAAAAUGGAGAUUUUCCUGUGUUGUGCAACACAACCCAUAAUCGAAUCAUCAUCAGGAAUGAAGUUUGGCUGCUUUCAGUUUUAUUAUCCAGAAUUGGAAGAACAAUUCAAGGCAGCAAGCAUAAGUGUGUACAACAACAACUGGAGUAAUAUUCAUGAUUUCACUCCUGCUGCAGGAGAAACUACAUGGUCUUUAUUACCAGAGGAUGUACAAGUAGAGGAUUUUGUACCAGUACCUACAAUUGAACCAUACAACAAUCUGCAAGCAUCGUGUUCAAGAGACAAGAGUUCAGUACCAUUAACUCUAGGAACUAGACGGAAACCUUUUGAUCAAGUGUGUUUAGUGAUAUUUUUUCAAAGUCCACAACAAAGAGAAAGCAUCAAAAGUUUCUUGUCUAGCAUAAAGGAAAAGGGAUGUGUUGUGGUGCAGACCAAAGAAAUUAGCAUGAGGGCUGAUGAAAUAUCACGAGUUAUUGGUUCAUCAGACUGUUGUGAAGCAGCUAACCAAGGCGCCCUUGUUGGUUUAGAGAUCAAUGGUAGUGACUGUGUUCAAAGCUGUCGUCAAGCUAUUGAUACUAGUGAAAACACUGUCUAUAUAUCACCAAGUGCAGAAAAAGCCAUACAAGAAAUUGACCAGUUUUACAACUUUGUUGAUAUGUCAAUGACAUAACCAUCCAACGUGAUAAUGAUUAGUAUCAUGAAAUAGACAACAAAAACAGCAAAGAACGGCUAUCAGAUGAGCAUGCUGUUGCUCUAAAAGAUACUAUUACAACCAUAGGCCGCCCAACUAUUGCUUGAGAGGCAGAAAAGAACGAAUUUGCACUCUCUCACGCACUAGUAUUAUUAUUGGCAUGCACGCUCUUAGCAAACUGCGGGUUAGCUGUGGUAUUACCUCAAUGAUCCCCUUGCCUCGCGGGAUCAAAAACUAGUCUGUGACAGACUGGGUUUUGAUUCUGCGGGAUCAAAAAGCAUGACAUAAUACCACAGGUAACCUGCAUUUCAUUUGCUAAGAGCGCACGCCGAUAACAGGCUAGCGUUAUAAAAGCGUGCGUAUUCAUUCUUUUCCUUCUCUCAAGCAAUAGUUGGGCGGCCUAUGUUACAUAUAGGUGCAUCAGAAAUUUUUAACCUAUACGUCCAUUCGUCACAAACUCUGAUAUGUGCAAAUGAACUAACUUAUUCUUGGCAGUAUAUAUAGUGUUUCAGAGUAGAUAAUAUAGGUAUUCUCUGUAUAUAAAUAUUGUACUCUGUAGUAAAAAUAAAACAUGUAACAACAGAAAUAAAUGAACUUUUCUAUAAACUUAGCUUA